GGCUACGCCCGGUGUCUGCCUGCAUUACAUUUCGCUCGCAAAUCCAUAGAAAUUCCAGUAAUUGAAGAGCCGCACAGUCGAACGGACGUCAGCGUGCGGAUAUACAGGGUCUGAGGCCGAACAAGGAAGGGAUAACGCGCGCAGUCUACCUGAUCUCUACCUGCUGCCGCGAUGAGUGCAGACGAACUGGGCCUGGCCGUCUUCGGGGUGCUGCUGUCGCUCGUCUGCAUCAUAGUUGCGCUGAUCUGCCAGCGGCGCAAUGCGCGUCUGCUGGGUCGCACGCCGCCCGGGCCGUGGGGCGUGCCGCUGCUGGGCUACUUGCCGUUCGUGGAUCGCCUGGCGCCGCACAAGUCGCUGCAGGCGCUGGCCGGCCGCUACGGCGCCAUCUAUCAGCUGAGCAUGGGCAGCGUGCGGACGGUGGUGCUGGCGGAUGCGGCGCUGGUGCGUGACUUUCUGCGGCACGAGGAGCUGACCGCCCGGGCGCCGCUCUACCUGACGCACGGCAUCAUGGGCGGCUAUGGCAUCAUUGGCGCCGGCGGCGACAUAUGGAAAUAUCAGCGCAGGCAGCUGAUCGAGUGGCUCAAGGCGCUGGGCAUGACGCGCAAGCAGUGCGAGACGCGUGCGCAGCUGGAGCAGCGCAUCAGCAGCGGCGUCAACGAGUGCGUCCAGGCCUACGAGUCGGAGGCGAAGGCCCCACUGGACCCGCUGCCGGCGCUGCAGCACACGCUGGGCAACAUCAUCAACGAUCUGGUCUUUGGCGAGACCUACGAGCGCCGCGACCCCAACUGGCUGUACCUGCAGCAGCUGCAGGAGCAGGGCGUCAAGCUGAUCGGCGUCUCGGGCAUGGUCAACUUUUUGCCCUGGCUGCGCCAUCUGCCGGGCAACAAGCGCAGCAUACGUUUCCUGCUGGACGGCAAGGCCAAGACGCAUGCGCUCUACGAUCGCAUCAUCGAACGCUGCGCGCAGCAGCUGCAGCAGCAGCAGUCGCCUAGGCGCAGCAUCUUGGCACACUUCCUGCACGAGCGUCAGCCCUACUCGCAGCUCUAUUGCGAUGAGCAACUGCGUCACCUGCUGGCCGAUCUCUUCGGCGCCGGCGUGGAUACGUCGCUGGCAACGCUGCGCUGGUUCCUGCUCUACAUGGCGCGCGAGCAGCGCUGCCAGCAGCGACUGCAGUCGGAGCUGCGCAACCUCAGCGAGUCGCCCACGCUGGCCGAGCUCGAGCCCAUUGCCUAUCUGCGCGCCUGCCUCUCGGAGACGCAGCGAGUUCGGUCCGUGGUGCCGCUGGGCAUACCGCACGGCGUCGACCAGGACACCAUGGUGGGUGACUACCACCUGAGGAAGGGCACCAUGGUGCUGGUGCUGCAGUGGGCCAUACAUAUGAAUCCCGAGGCCUGGCCGGAGCCGGAGCAGUUCCGGCCGGAGCGUUUCCUCAACGCCGACGGCGACUAUGUGGCGCCCGCUCAGUUCAUACCCUUCCAGACGGGCAAGCGCAUGUGUCCCGGCGAUGAGCUGGCCCGCAUGAUGCUCACGCUCUAUGCGGGCCGUAUUCUGCGUCGCUUUCACGUGCAGCUGCCCGCCGGAGAGGCGCAACACGUGGACUUCGAGGGCGAAUGCGGCAUCACCUUGGCUCCGGCGCCCUACAAACUUCAAUUUACCCCCAUGGAAGAGCUACCCAAGAACGAAUAAGUCUGUUCGGAUUAUUUUUUCAACACUUUUUAGAAUGAAAAGGCUUUUA